UCUGUUUGACUUGAAAUUAAAAAGAAUCAUUAAUCAUGCUCAAUGGAAUCUUUUGAUUCCAAGAAAUGGGAUUCCGGAUUCCAAAUUAUUCGAUGUAACGUUGAUGAUCUGUUUAAUCAGAAACUUGACCUCUAUCAAUCCACCAGUCAAUGGAUUUGACAGUCUACCACUACCAGGGGAAACAACUCCAGGAUCUGAUUUAGCCAGAAUAAAAUAUUAUAGGAAUAAACUAGCUCAUCAUGAUAGUAAUACAAUAGACGCUAAUUAUUUCCAUACAGCAUGUACAGAUAUAUCAAAUGCUGUUGGACGAUUGGGAGGUGAAACAAUGUAUCAAGAGUGUAAAGAGUUGAAGGAAAAAAUAUUAGAUCAGUCGAAUCAUGAAAUUGUAUUGGAAAUCAAACAAUCACUCAAAGAGAUGAAAGAACUGAGAAAAACAAUAGACAUUUUGGGAACCGAACACACAAAAGUGACAGAAAAUCUUAGAGAGUUACAAUCUUCCUACAUUACAUUAAAGACGUCCCAAAAUACUUUACAGGCUGAACACAUAGAAGUCAGAGAAAGUUUAAAAGACCCAAUACCAUCAAACAUUAAAGAUCAAUUUAAAAGACAAAUAGAAUACUGGGAAAAGACGGAUAAAAUGUUUGUGUCUACGAGAGCUAGUGCUUAUGUCAUGAAAAAGUUAGAGGAAAAAAGUUGUGUGACUUUAACUGCCCCUUCAGGAGCUGGAAAAUCAUUUAUUGCAAGACACACAGCACUAGUUUUACAGAAAGCAGGAUACAAAAUAGUACCCGUGAGACAACCGGUUGAUAUCAGAAAUUAUUAUCAACCUGGCGAACAGACAGUUUUCAUUGUAGAUGACAUUUGUGGGAAUUUCACUGCCAACCAACAACAGAUAGAGAACUGGACACAACAUUUACCAGUGAUUGAAACAAUUAUAGCAGACACAUGUUGUAAGAUUAUUGUAUCAUGUAGGUUACAAGUCUAUAAAGAUGAUAAGUUUAAUAUUUUAGAACCUUUUAAAUCCUGUGAAUGUAACUUAAUAUCAGAUCAACUAUGCCUAACAUCUAUAGAAAAAAAUAUCAUAGCAAGUAAAUAUAUUGGUUCAAGCUUGGUCGAUAUUGAUAAGUUAUCACAAAAAAGUGAAUUCUUUCCACUUUUGUGCUCUUUAUAUCGUAAUGGAAAACAUGGAAAUAUUGAAGAAUUUUUCGAAAAUCCAUAUAUUGUCUAUCAAAAAGAACUAGAUAGUUUAAGUAGACAAGGUGAUGAAGGGAAAUGUAAAAAAUGCAGUCUAGUUUUAUUAGUUGUUUUUAAUAAUCAGCUGACAGAAAAAUGGCUACAGGGUAGAAUUACAAAUGAGCAACGACAGAUCAUCACGGACACAUGUGAGGCUUGUGGAAUUAAUGGCAUACCUAAAAUAAAUUUAAAAACAGAACUUGACACUCUAGUUGAUACAUUUGUCUCUAAACAGGAUGGUAUUUACAGAACUAUACAUGAUAAAUUGUUUGACUUCCUUGCCUAUUACUUUGGUCAGAAAAUGAUAGAAUGUUUAAUAGAACAUGGUGAUAGUGAUUUAGUAAAAGAACGUUUUAUUUGGAAAACAACAAAAAGUGACGAAACAAGUAACAUUGAGUUUAUCAUUGAAAUACCAGAUGAUUAUCUAGAAUCAUAUUUACAACGGUUGACAAAGGACUGGCUAGCAGGAAAGGUGGCAGUUGUGUUUAGUAACAAUAACAUGAAAGAUUUAUCCUUCAGACAACGGUUCUUGCAACAACUUGAUCAAUUACAGCAUGUUAAAUUAACCAAUACCAAGGAUACAGUGACUCCACCUGGGAGCUGUGAUUCAGGUACUUAUCCACUAGUAGAGAAUUGUUAUUAUGGCUAUACUGAUAUGGUACAGUGGAUGUUACGUAAUGAUGUUGAUGUUGAUCAAUGUAGAGAUGAUGGGGUAAGUGGACUGUUAAUGGCAAGUCAUAAUGGACAUACUGACAUAGUAAAGUUACUGUUAGAGAAGAAUCCUGAUGUGAAUCUAUGUGACAAUAAUGACUGUAGUCCUCUGUUACAGGCAAGUGAUGGAGGACAUACUGAUAUAGUAAAGUUACUGUUAAAGAGGAAUCCUGAUGUUAAUCUAUGUGACAAUAAUGGCUUGAGUCCUCUGUUACAGGCAAGUCAAAACGGACAUACUGAAAUAGUAAAGUUACUGUUAGAGAGGAAUUCUGAUGUUAAUCUAUGUGACAAUAAUGGCCGGAGUCCUCUGUUACAGGCAAUUCAGCAAGGACAUACUGAUAUAGUGAAGUUACUGUUAGAGAGGAAUCCUGAUGUUAAUCUAUGUGACAAGGAUGGCCGGAGGCCACUGUUACAGGCAAGUCAAAACGGACAUACUGAAAUAGUAAAGUUACUGUUAGAGAGGAAUUCUGAUGUUAAUCUAUGUGACAAUAAUGGCUUGAGUCCUCUGUUACAGGCAAGUCAAAACGGACAUACUGAAAUAGUAAAGUUACUGUUAGAGAGGAAUUCUGAUGUUAAUCUAUGUAAAAAUAAUGGCCGGAGUCCUCUGUUACAGGCAAGUCAGCAAGGACAUACUGAUAUAGUGAAGUUACUGUUAGAGAGGAAUCCUGAUGUUAAUCUAUGUGACAAGGAUGGCCGGAGUCCUGUGUUACAGGCAAGUCAAAACGGACAUACUGACAUAGUAAAGUUACUGUUAGAGAGGAAUCCUGAUGUUAAUCUAUGUAACAAGGAUGGCUUGAGUCCUCUGUUACAGGCAAGUCAAAACGGACAUACUGAUAUAGUAAAGUUACUGUUAGAGAUGAAUCCUGAUGUUAAUCUAUGUCACAAGGAUGGCUGGAGUCCUCUGUUACAGGCCAGUAUGUGUGGACAUACUGAUAUAGUAAAGUUACUGUUAGAGGGGAAUCCUGAUGUUAAUCUAUGUGACAAGGAUGGCCGGAGUCCUCUGAUAAUGGCAAGUAUGUGUGGACAUACUGACAUAGUUAGAUUACUACUAGAGAGGAAUCCUGUUCCAUGUGACAAUACACAACUGAGUACGUCAUAUGUCAAUAACAACAUCAGAAUGAUAAACAGUCAGAGUCUUGUCCAGCCAUUAAUGAAACAUAAACCAGACAUUAAUGCCCAGACAAAUGAUGGAGGUAAUGCUUUAUAUUUCAGUGCAUUUAAGGGACAUAUUGAGAUAGUAAAGUUAUUGUUAGAAAAUAAUGCUGACUCUAGUAUCUGUAUCUUUAGUAAACAGUAUAUAGCAGAAAUGAUAAAAAAACAUCCAACUGGAACUUUAGGAGUGUUAAAACAAAACAUAUUUGACAACCUUGUAAAAAGUACACUGUCAUUUGUAACAUCAUACGUCAGUAAGAAGUCAGUAGAGUAUGCCUUUGAUGUAGUAGCUGGUUCCUCUCCAUUACACAUAGCCUGUUUUAUGGGUAGAAUAGAUGUAGUCAGUUGCCUUCUGGACCAUAAUGCUAACAUCAACAUGACAAAAGACGAUGGAAUAACACCGUUAUGGUAUGCAUGCGAACUAGGACAUCAGGAUAUUGUACGUUUAUUGUUAGAUAACAAAGCAGAUACAAAGAUGUGUAAAAAUGAUGGGAAAUCUCCUUUAGAAAUUGCAACAGAUAAUGGACAUACCUCUAUAGUAGACAUUGUUAAAGAAUACAUAAAGAAGGAAAAACAUGUUUGA